AUGGCCUCCGCAGCACACUUGAAUACCUUACUCUUCUCUGCCGCCACCAGCACAUCACCCAAUCUCCGGCGCAUAACCACCGUGCGCUGCGGUCCAAGGAACAACCGCGGCCCGCUCAUGAAGGGCCGCAUCCUGAGCAUCGAGGCAAUCCAAGCCAUCCAGUCUCUCAAGCGGGCCCACAGAUCCGACCCGGACAACCUCCCCACUCACAUCCUCUCGCGCCUCAUCAAAUCCGACCUCGAAGCGGCGCUGAAGGAGCUCCUCCGCCAGGACCAGUGCGCCGUCGCUGCCCGGGUUUUCUCCGCCCUUCGGUCGGAGCACGGCGCCGAUCUCGAGGCGUACGCCGAGAUGGUGGUGGCGCUGGCGAGGAACGGGCUGGCAGAGGAGAUCGAUCGGCUGAUCUUUGAGAUGGAGGUGGAGGGAGGGAUCAGGUGCGGCGAGAGCAAGGGGCUGCUGAGGUUGGUGCAGGCAUUGAUUGGCGCGGGGAGGAAGGAAUCGACGGUCAGGAUGUACGGGAUGAUGAAGAGGAGUGAGUGUGAGAUGGAUGAUUACUUGGGAAAGGUUCUGAGCAAGGGUUUGAGGGGGUUUGGGGAGGAUGGCUUGGCUGACGAGGUUGGUUUGGAAUUAGGGAGGCUGUACAAGGAAACAAGACCAUCACUUCGCUUUUGCCGAGCGUUUCAAAACAACCGAUUUGUGGAGUCUGUGCUUGAUAGUUACUGGGAGCUGCCACCGGUUGCAGCCUGUCGCUCACUCACCAGACAAGCAGGUAAAGGACGGGUCGAGCGUUUGGGUCCACCAGUGGUCGAAAGAAAGCUCGGGCUCGCCUUCAUAACCCGCGGGAUAGUCGAGAAGCUAAUCCACGAUAACCUCACACUUGAUGACCUUGAGAAAUCAGGAGGAGCUUUAAGCAGCUCCUCGACCUCUUCCAAAGCAAGAGUGAAGAUCUGA